GGAAGAACUGCCGGGUUCGGUGGUGGGGUACGGAGGUUGGCUAGCCUAUUGACUCCGCCAAGUAUGGAACCCAAGCCAAAGUGUGGGGGAACAGGCGAGAUUCCAUCAAUCACCGACCAGUGGUAGGCUAAUCAAUGUAAGCACGCCAUUAAUAACUUAUGUAGUCCGAUACAGCUUCCUCUUGAUCUGGAUAUCUCAAAGUCCGAUUCGCAGAAGUUCACAACCCAGGGACGCUUUCCUGUUCAUCAUAAAGAAUCCAAUUUGUUGAACUCGAAACGCCAACUCGGACAAACAUACGCUCAUUGACGUCAUGCCUGCCUUCUCGCGUCUUGUUCGGUUUCUCGCCAGAGACGGUAGAGUAUACUAUGGUGAUGCCAUUCUCCCUCGUGGGGUAAAUGAUAUUGCGAAGACGAAGCAGGCUCGCAUUGUUACGGGUGAUAUCUUUGGCAAGCAUGAGGUGACGGAGCGGGUUGCCGAUGUCCGAUUGCUUCUCGCGCCGCUGGCACUUGAAGAUGUCAAGACGGUCAGAUGUCUUGGACUGAAUUACGAGAAGCAUGCACAUGAGUCCGGUCUGCCGCUGCCGAAAUACCCCGUGUUGUUUUAUAAACCAAUCACUUCUCUAUCUGGUCCUUUCGACCCGAUCCCAGUCCACAAGAUGGCACAGGAAGAGCUCGGACUGGACUAUGAAUGCGAGCUCGUGGCUAUCAUCGGCAAACCCUGCGCCGAUGUGCCCGAGUCCAAGGCCCUCGACUACGUCCUGGGCUACGCCAUCGGCAACGAUGUCUCGCACCGCGACUGGCAGAUCAAGCGGGGUGGUGGCCAGUGGUCGCUCGGCAAGGGCUUCGACGGCUGGGCUCCCUACGGGCCUGGCAUCGUCUCGAGCGAGCUGAUUAAAGACCCGCAGACGCUGAAGAUUUCUACUAAGUUGAAUGGAAAAACUGUUCAGGAAAGCAACACGGCCGACAUGAUCUUCAACGUCAAGCAGACGAUCGCGUUCUUAAGCAGAGGGACGACGUUGCUUCCUGGCGACGUCAUCUUCACGGGGACGCCGUCGGGAGUUGGCAUGGGACGUGAACCUAAGUUGUGGCUGAAGGAUAGGGAUGUGGUUGAAGUUGGGUUGGAGGGCGUCGGGACCUGCACGAAUAAGGUCGAGUUUGGUAGGGAGACUGCGAAGUUGUAGUUCACGCUCGGGGCUGGAAGGUAUCAGAAAUGAGUUGGUUUAUCAACCAAUACGUCUGGUCACUGAGAGUAUUGCAAUGGGCAUAGAUCUAAUUUACUUGCCUCCGUCGUCACAGCCCGAUUGACUCUCUGUACGGGAGGUCCGAAUAUUGCCUUUGUACCGACCCAAGUUGGGUGAAAACCUGGUGUCGUUCAAGAAGGCUUCUGUCAAACCGUACACAGGAUCGUCGGACUGGAAUUGUGUUUAAUAGAGGCAACUUCUUUGCUGCAGCUGACCUUUGGCGUUAUUGAUCAUUUUACAAUUCCAUCGCAAGCUGCAGCACUCAAUAGCGCUAAAGUCCGGCACAGGGAUGCUAGGUUAGUAAGUGGUGCCCCACAAUCUGAGCUGUCAAGUGAAUUGCUGGC